UAGUUAGUGGUGGAAAAAGUAUAAUUGCACAGUUGCAGAGAGAUGAGUAAAGGAGGAGGAGUUGUGAGUGGUGGGGCCCAGAAGGGAGGGAAGAAGAAGAAGAAUAUGUCAGCAGCGUACGUGAUUGACUGCGCCAAGCCGGUCCAGGAUAAGAUCAUGGACAUCGCCUCACUGGAAAAAUUCCUCCAGGAGCGUAUCAAGGUCUCCGGAAAGCCCGGGGCGCUUGGUGACAUUGUUAUCGUCACCCGCGACAAGACCAAGAUUACCGUCACCGCCAAUGAUACCACCUUCUCCAAGCGGUACUUGAAGUACUUGACGAAGAAAUAUCUGAAGAAGAAUAACGUGCGUGAUUGGCUAAGGGUGAUAGCAUCGAACAAGGACCGAAAUAUCUAUGAGUUGAGGUACUUCAACAUUGCCGAGAAUGAGGCCGAGGAUGAGGAUUGAUUGAUUGGUUGAUUGAUUAUAUUCAUUGUUAGUGGUUGAUUAUGUUUUUGAACAGUUUUGCCUUUUUAGUACAUGUCUUCGAAUUUUGUUACUCAGAACAAAGGUGUUGCAGUUUUUUGAAUAUUGAGGGUGGAGUUGAUCCACCGGAAGGCGCUGACUGACUUUUAAGUGUAUCCUUCUAAAGUAAGGAUUAUUGUCGUUA